GCGAGGUCACCGGGUGUUACUGUCUCUCAGCUCUGGGAAGGAAUGGAGGGGGACACGCAGACGGCCUCGAGAAAGAUCCUGAUUCUGUAUGGCAGUCAGACGGGGACGGCGGAGGACAUGGCAGAGAGACUGGCGAGAGACGCCCGCCGCAGGCACUUCACCUGCAGGGUGGACUCCUUAGACAGCUACAAUAUUGCCGGUCUCGUCCAUGAACCCCUGGUGAUGUUUGUCUGCGCUACAACCGGACAAGGAGACCCCCCGGAUAACAUGAAGAACUUUUGGAGGUUCAUCUUCCGCAGGAAUCUGCCCCAUAAUUCCUUGUGUCUGAUGGAGUACGCUGUUCUAGGUCUGGGAGACUCUUCUUAUCCAAAGUUUAACUUUAUCGCUAAAAAACUGCACAAGCGCCUGCUGCAUCUCGGAGCGAAUCCUCUCCAGUCUCCGGCCCUGGGGGACGACCAGCACGAUCUGGGCCCUGACGCCGUGGUGGAUCCAUGGCUGAACAACCUGUGGGAUAAGGUCCUCUCCUUAUAUCCGCUCCCUCCUGGUCUCAGCGUCAUCAGUGACCUCAUCAUGUUACCUCCAAAGUUCUCUCUCCGGUUCCUGGAUAAACAGGAGACUACGUGUGACACUGCAGAGAGAGAGGGCAGCGGGGACCCCCCGACAGAGCGGCAGCCGCACCCCGCUCCACUGGUAACCAACAUGCGUGUGACCGCACAGGAGCAUUUCCAGGAUGUGCGGCUCAUCGAGUUUGAUAUCUCCGGAUCCGGCAUUCAAUACUCCCCCGGUGAUGUAGUGAUGAUCCAGCCUCAGAAUUCCCCCGAGGACAUUCAGACGUUCUGUUCCCUUCUCCGUCUGGACCCAGGCAGUGUCUUUGUCUUGGAGCCCCAUGAUCCAGACACCGUGGUUCCCUCACAUCUUCCUCGGCCUUGCUCGGUGCAGCAUCUGGUAGAGAGAUAUCUAGAUAUCCACUGUGUCCCUCGCCGCUCCCUGUUCCAGCUCCUCGCCUACUUCUCUCCAGAUGAACAGGAGAGAGAGAAGCUGCAGGAGUUCAGCUCAGCCGCUGGUCAGGAGGAGCUGUACACGUACUGCAACCGGCCCCGGCGGACUACCCUGGAGGUUCUCAUUGAUUUUCCUCACACAACCUCAAGCAUCCCCGCAGAUUAUCUCCUGGAACUUAUUCCUCGCAUCCGUCCCCGAGCGUUCUCCAUCGCCUCAUCCAUGCAGGCACACCCCAACAGACUGCAGAUCCUCAUGGCCGUGGUACAGUACAAAACAAAGCUGCACGAGGUCCGCCGAGGUCUGUGCUCAUCAUGGCUGGCAUCCAUCAGUCCGGAGGAUGGUACGCGGGUUCCACUGUGGGUGAAAAAGGGGAGUCUGAAGUUCCCCAGUGACCCCGAUACCCCACUGGUUAUGGUGGGACCAGGCACUGGAGUGGCCCCGUUCCAUUCCGCCAUACAGGAGAGAGCGGCACUUGGUAAACCCGGAAGCAAUUUGUUUUUUGGCUGCAGAGGAAAAAACAAAGAUUUCUAUUACGAGGAAGAGUGGGGGGAUCUGGAGAAGAGGGGGCUCCUCAGGUUAUUCACGGCUUUCAGCCAGGAUCAGGAGGAUAAAAUUUACGUUCAGCAUCGGAUAAAGGAGAAUGGCGCCUGUCUGUGGGAACUGAUCAGCAAUAAGCAAGCCUACGUCUACAUAGCCGGAAAUGCAAAAUCGAUGCCAGCCCAAGUGACCGAUGCCUUGAAAUCCGCCUUCCAAUCUGAGGGUCAGAUGUCCGCCCUGGAGGCCGAGCAGUACCUGGUCAUGCUGGAGAAAUGUGGCCGGUUCCAGAGUGAGACCUGGUCUUAAUCUACUAACACCCCGGAGGUGGACCCCCGGAGCUGAGGACUCUGAGACCUAUGACUCUUACCUAAUUCUGACCACUGCAGUAGUGACCCACACUGCUUACAUCCUGCUGAAGAGAAGGUGCUGGGGUUGUACCUCUCUAUGCUACAUUUGGGUGGGUAAUAUUGUGGUAUGCUGGCGCCACCAAGUCGAGCCAGGACAGCGGUGAGGAAUCUUGAGGCUCCAAACCUGAUAAAAACUGUAGUUACAUGCAGUCACCACUAGGGGGAGCACAGGAACUUUCUCAGGACAGUUCUCUUUGAAGUCACAUAUGCAGUAAGCUCCCCCUAGUGGUGGCUGUGAGAACCCUGAAUUUUACAAUUUACUUCUGUCCAUGGAGAGGAUUUGGAGCUCUGUAUCAGGAAAACGACAUUCCGACUGCUAAAAAGAUAUAUUAAUAAAUUAUUGAUUUGGA